AUGUCCGUAAAUUAUAAACAACUUCUUUUAUUUGAUUGUGAUGGUGGACGUGCAAGUUUAUUCGAUGACAAAACAAUUCUUUCUGAAAUUCCAUCAAAUUGUGAUUGUUAUUUAUUUUGGAAUGAUAAUGAUUCAAACCUAUCUAACAAAAUUAAUUAUCUUAAAUCAUAUCGACAAAUUCACCUCUAUCCUGUCCUCGAGAGUAAUUCAAAAAAUGCAACCGAUGGUAAAUUGAUUUAUUUCCUAGGAAAAUUAGUUGAUAAAUAUUCAUUUAUUAUAAUUAUUCAUGGAGGUGAUGGAAUAUACAAAGAAAUAAUUCGGACUGUAUCUGAAGAAUAUGGUAACGAUCGGAUUUCUAAUGAGAUAUUUACAAAUCCAACACCUAGAAAUUUGAGAGAACUAUUAAGACAAUUCAGACAAAGAAAUCAGGAAUAUGGUUAUAUCGAGAAACAUUCAUCCAACAAUGAACAUGAAGACAAUCUAAUUGACAAAUCAAAAAAUAGAUGCCUUCUUUGCUGGAAAUUUUGUAAUAAUUUCGAAGAUUUCUAUCAACAUUUUCGAGAUAAACAUCAUCUUAGAAUUAAGUUAAUCUGCAAUUGCAAAUUAGAGUUUGAUCACUUACUCGAAUUUCAUAAUCAUCAAAGAAAAGAACAAAGUAAUGCCUUCAGCAACAAAGGUGUGGCUCAAUGUUUAGCUGCAAAUCAACCAACAAAAGUCUAUUUAGAUCCUCAUCCUUUAAUACUACUUAUAUCAGCUGGCAAAACUAAUAAAUGUAUUUAUUGUAAGAAUAAAGAUCGUUCUCUCGAUCCUAUUGCAUUAAUUUCACAUUUAACAGCAAAACAUAUGCUUUACAAUGAUAUACGAUUUCAAUGUUGUAGCGAUACGAAACGAACUUUGGAUAGAUUUCAAAAUCAUACUAGUACUCAACAUAAAAUUGUAGAUAUUAAGAAACAUAAUAUUUGA